CUUUCCGUGUAGGCCCAGAGAUAUUUUCUGCACACUGAAGCUGAACCGGGAGAUAUUUUCUUUUUUGAGAUAUUAGAGUAUUCUUGGGCUUGCCAAUCCCAAUAGGCAAUAGUCUCCGCCACUGCUCCGAUACCAUCUAUGGAGUCCACUGCAGUUCUCCCUCUUUCUCAGUUCCCUUACUUCUCCCCGUUGAAAUCCGGCAACAAGAAAACUUAUCCUUCCUGGCCAUGCAGGCCAAGGAGCUCUCAAUCCACUCGCUUGCAUUGCCAAAAGAUGUAUGUCCCUGGAUUUGGAGAAGCAUCACCAGAAGCAAAAGCGGCAAAAAACCUCCAUAAUUUCUUCACUUACAUUGCAGUGAGCAUUGUCACAGCACAGCUUCAGAGCUAUAACCCGGAGGCAUAUGAGGAGUUGAUGGAAUUCUUGAAUAGCCACUCUUUAAAUGAUGGAGACAAGUUUUGUGCCAGUUUGAUGAGAGAAUCUUCAAGGCAUAAGAGUUUAGCUCUUCGCAUCUUGGAGGUUCGAUCUGCUUAUUGCAAAAAUGAUUUUGAAUGGGACAACUUGAAGCGGCUAGCUGAUAAGAUGGUGAAUGAAUCUAACACGAGACUCAUGAGGGAUUAUGUCUUGGAAACCAGUCAUGCAGACAGUGAGAAGUAAUUGAUCACUACACCUGCUUCUCUAAGACGUGAAUGCGAUGUUGUUAAGCAAUGUGACAUCAAUGUAAUAUAUCUAAGGAUUUUAGAGAACUUGAUUGAUUACUAUUAAUAGCUGCUUGAUGUCCAUACAUAUAUUGUAUAUACACACUUAAGACAUUUAUUUACAUAAUGGGGAAGCAAUGCAAAUGUCUUCCACCAA